AUGUUUGCAUCAGGUCGCCUUUUGCAGGCCUGCAGGAUCACCCUCUUUACCCGUGACAACUGCAGCCUCUGCACAACCGCCAAGGACGUCUUGUCCCAAGUUGGAAACAAAAGGCCGUUCGUCUUUCAAAAGGUCGACCUGGCCCUGCCAGAGUCCAGGCCUUGGAGGGAGCUAUACGACUUUGACAUUCCCGUCAUUCACAUCAGCAAGGCCGCCGCCAAAGAGGAGGACGUGGGCAUGGCCGGCAAGGCAGUCAAACUAAUGCACCGGUUCACGCCUGAGCAAGUCGAAGCCAAGAUGGACAAGGUACAAAGUAGUUAA